AUGCUCACGAAUAACGUUCAAGCUCUCCUUUCCACAAAUAUCCCGGAUCCGAGCGAUUUCCCUAUGACAGACUUACGACAACUGGAUGCGAGUCUGCGAUGCACAAUUUGCGGCGAAUUGUACGAUGCACCCAUAACGCUUGCCUGUGGGCACUGCUUCUGCUCACUUUGUAUUCGAGAACACAUUGCCAAAGAAUCGGAGUGCCCAAGCUGCAGGAAGUCGACGAGUGAAGGACAAUUUAGGACAAAUCCAGUUCUUGAGGCAGCAGUGAGUGCAUGGAAAACUGCACGGCUCUCUCGUGAAGAACAAGACCGCACCAGAAAGAGGCAAGCAGAGCGAACACCUCGUCGGUCCCAAACCCCGUUGAUCAACGGUAAGAAGCGCAAGCGAAGUGCCAGUUCAGUGUCUUCCGAUUCGGAUGUCGUCAUGGUUCCGGGUCCUUCUAAUUCAAGCCAGUUUCCCUCAUCCCCGGUGCCAAGUAAGUCCAAGCGUUCGAGAAGGCAAGACAUGGAGCCUUCAUCGGAUCCCCAAGAGGAAGAGAUGGUGCAAGGUUUGGGCACCCUAUUAUAUUAUGGCACAGCAAUGCUUAAUUCGUACACAGGGGGUCAGAUGAUAAACUGUCCUAUCUGCAACGUGUCUAUUGUCAUGGGGGAUAUCAAUACUCAUUUAGACUCGGGAUGCCAGAAAAAAUCAUUUAAUACAUCCGGCAGGAUUGAUGCGAACAGUGCAACGGAGCGCAUACCUAAGGCCUCGUACGAUCUAUUGAAGGACAAACAAGUCAAAGAUUUGUUGCACGCUCAUAGUUUACCCAUCCUCGGUGACAGGAAAACGUGGGUUGCUCGACAUCAGCGCUGGGUCAUGAUUUUCAAUGCCAAUUUGGAUAAGUCCGUAUCUAACAGGAAGAACACGAAAGAAUUACGCAUCGAAUUAAAGAAUUGGGAAGAUAGCAGAAAGCGAAGACAUCUUGUGGAUAAUACGACAACUCACGUAUUGAAUAAUCAAGGAGAGUUUGUACGGCUAAUUGCCGAAGCGCGGAAUAGCAAGGCUAGAAAAGAAUCUAGUCCGACAGGCAUGUGGCAACAUUCUCAAGAUGGUGACGUAGUCGCAGAUUCUGAAGAAGAGGAUCAACCACUUUCGUAA